AUGAAUUAUUCAACUGUUUUAAGGAAGAAAUCCUUUUCUGGUUAAAAACACAAUCAAGCCAUUAAUUUAUUAGUUUAUGGAUGUGAAAUUUAAAAAAUAGCAUCUGGAAAUAAAUUUGAGAAAUUAUUCAUUUACUUGUCUCAUGAAAUUAGUUAUCACCUUGUUUAUAUCAUAAAUCAAUAUACAAAUUAUAUUGAUUUAAGGAAAAUUAGAUUUAUAACUGAUGAUAUUCGAGAUACUAAAAAAUUCACAGAUGAUAAAUCAGUGUUAUUAUAAAUAUUUGUCAAUGAAGAAUGUUGGUAUUUAAAAUUUGCAAAUUAAACAUUAAAAGAAUUGUGGUGGCAAGGAUUAUAAUAUUUUUAUACAAAAGCAAAAGAAGAUUUGAAAGAGUAUUAUUUAAUUUUUUUCUAUUUAGAAAAUUAUAAAUCCAAUUGAUGGCUUGGGAAAUAUUUACUAAAUUUGAUGAAGAUAGAGAUGGAUUCUUAAAUAAGGAAGAAUAAUAAGUCUUUCUUAAUUGGAUUAAAUUUGUUUAUCCUGAUAAAAAUUUAAUAGAAACUAAAUGUAUCUAAUCAAGUUUUUAAAAUAAAUUAGAAUAUAAGUAAUUUGAAGUAACAUUUCUUAAAUUAUCUAGGAAAUAAUUAAAUUACUAUACGAAUAAUCUAUUUUAAUUAAUUUGAAUAAGAUGUAUCUAAAUUCUGAAAAUUUAUUAACUGAAUAGGAUUUUAAAAAGUUUAUAAAUACUGCAUAAAGAAAAUAAUAGACAGAUGGAUUUUUUGGAUUUCCUAUGACAGCUGAUAAAUUUUAUGAUUUUCUAUUCAGUUAAUAGAAUUCUAUUUUUGAAAUUGGUAAUUCAGAUGAGAUGACAAAACCUCUAUCUCAUUAUUAUAUCAAUAGUUCCCACAAUACCUACCUUACAAAAGAUCAAUUAUCAGGUGAUAGUAGUGUAGGUUAAUAUGUAAUUGCACUAUUAAAUGGAUGUAGAUGUUUUGAAUUAGAUUGUUGGGAUAGCUAUUUUGACAAGAAUCCAGUUAUAUAUCAUGGAUUUACUUUAACAUCUAAAAUUUUAUUUGAAGAUGUAAUUAUGGCCUUAGAAAAAUUUGGUUUUAUGUUUUCUUCCUAUCCAAUCAUAUUAUCUUUAGAGUUGCAUUGUAAUAUUGAUCAAUAGGAAGUAUUAGGAUAGAUUAUGAGAACAUAAUUUAAAGAUGAAUUAUAUAUAUAUGAAUAGGGUCUUACUGUUUUACCUUCUCCAGAGAAAUUAAAAAGAAAAUUUUUAAUAAAAAGUUCAGGUAUAUUAGAGGAAUCUUAUAAUCUACAUUAAAACAAUUAAGUGAUCCGUAAAAAUAUGAUGAAUUUAGAAAAUACUAAACUACAAAAUACUAUAUAACUAAUAUAAAUAGAUUAAGAUCCAGAACCUGGUUUAAUAAAAGAAAUUGCAUAAAAAUAAAGAAUUAAUAAUAAAGCUUUAAAAAAUCUUAAUUAUGAAAAUAAAUAAAAAUAAUAUAUGAGACAUGAUGCUAUUUGUGAUUUUAAAAUGACAGGUGAUUAAGUUGAUAUGGUAAUACAUUGUAGUAUGAAUGUCAAACAUCAUCCUUAAUUUUUAAGUUGUAUAAGUUUAUUUAAUUCCCCUUUUGAAUUUAAUAAGAAAAGAACAAUUUGGAAUAUAUCUUCUUUAAGUGAAGAUAAAGUGGAUUAAAUCUUUAAGGGAGGAAAAGUAAAAGAAAUUUAAAAUCAUUUAAAUAAUUCAUUAGUGAGGAUUUAUCCUUCAGGAUUAAGAAUGAAUUCAAGUAAUUUUGAUCCAAUGCCUAGUUUCAUUUUAGGUGCUUAAAUUAUUGCUCUUAAUUUCCAAACCAAAGAUGAACCUAUGUUAAUUAAUUAAGCAAGGUUUUAAUAAAAUCUUGGUUGUGGUUAUGUACUUAAACCAAAAUAUUUGAUUGAAGGAUUAGAUGAUAUAAAUAAUUUUGAAUUUCAAAAAAAAUUAAUAACAAUUCAAAUAAUCUCUUGUUAAUUAUUUUUAUUAAACACUAAAAAUACUGUAAAUUCAUUUGUAACAGUAAAAGUUAAAGGAAAUAAAAUGGAUGAAAAUGGAUAAGAAUUAUAAACUAAUAUUCAAUAUAAUAAUGGAUUAAAUCCAUAAUUUGAUUCUAAUUAUUCAAAAAUAAAUUUUGAGAUAAAAGAUGUAGAUUAAGCUAUAUUCAUAUUUAAAGUAUUUAAUAAAUAAGAUGAUAACAAAUGCACUAUUAUAGGAUAAUAUGCAGUACCAUAUAAAAAUAUGAGAUAAGGAUAUAGAGCAAUACCAUUAAAAGAUGAAAACUUAUUAGUUAUGGAAUAUUGUUAUAUUUUUGCUCAAGUAACCAUUUAAUGA